CCCACAUCGCAAUGAUCAAAAUGGUAUGGCAGUGAUAGUAGUGAACAUCAACAAAAUCAUCAAACACCGUCAAUCAUCCCAGUUCCAGUUCAAGCCUAAAAUUGUACUUGUGUCCAAGCUAAGUUUCAGAGAAGUGACGAUGCCGCAGAGUGGGCUGAGCCCCGCCAAACUGAAUCUUGACUCACUCAAUGAUCCUGGAGACAGAUAUGAACUGGGGGAGUUGUUGGGAUCCGGGGUAUGUGGAGAGGUCUACAGUGCCACAGACAAUGAAGCAGGUGGAAAGAAAGUUGCUAUCAAGGUCCAGAAGAUCACUAAGGAUAACAUGGAUGACAUACAGGAGGAGUACAGAAUCCUUAGGGACCUUUCCAGUCAUCCAAACCUUCCAGACUUUUACGGGGUGUACUUAAAGAGAACCAGGAAUGGAGAUCAGCUUUGGUUUGUUAUGCAGCUUUGUGAAGGAGGACCAGUCGUUGACCUGGUGAGAGGUCUGCUCAAACGUAACAAGAAGAUGACAGAGGAACACAUCGCAUUCAUUCUUCAUGAGACAGUCAAGGCCCUAGUUCACCUGCACGAGAACCACGUCAUGCACCGGGACAUCCGAGGAAGCAACAUACUUUUGACUAAAUUGGGAGAAGUGAAAUUGGUCGAUUUUGGUUUGUCUAGAGAGCUGAAAAGUACAAUGGACAAGAGGAAGUCAUGCAUUGGAUCCCCUUCUUGGAUGGCACCGGAAGUGGUAACAAGUGAUCGAAUAGAAGGGGCAGACCCAAACUCUUACGACAUACGUGCGGAUGUGUGGUCCCUUGGUAUAACUGCAAUUGAGCUUGGAGACGGGAAAGCUCCUUUUGAGGGGAUUCACCCUACACGAGCGCUCUUCCAGAUCGUCAGAAAUCCUCCUCCCUCCCUGUACAGGCCUGCUAACUGGACACAGACUUACAACGACUUCAUUACUGAGUGCCUGGAAAAGAACCCCGACAACAGACCUUUUAUGGUCGAGAUCAUGGAACAUCCUUUCCUUACUUCGCUUCCAGAGAACGAUUUCCACUUAACACAAGAGCUGAAGAGCCUAUUGGAGUACAUCUCGCCAGAUAUUGUUGCUACCAGGUCUGAAGAAGUUAUUGUGAGGAAAAAAUUUAUGACAACUAGGGCACACCCAGCACCGGAAGAGAUGCACACGGAGGACUUGGCAGCUCUCGAGGACAUCACAGAGGACACGGUCUUGUGCGAACUUCAGGAGCGAAACAAACACAACCAUAACUACACAUUUGUGGGGGAUGUCCUUCUGUUCCUCAACCCCAACGCUGAGCAAGACAUCUAUAAUCUUGAGACCCAGACGAAAUACUUCUGCAAGAGCCGUUCAGACAAUGCUCCUCACAUCUUCAGCGUGGCCGACAGCGCUUACCAAGACUGCUUCCACCACGAGGAACCACAGCACAUCAUACUCUCGGGGGAGACCCUCUCCGGAAAGACCACAAAUUUGAAACAUCUCCUGAACCAUUUUAACUAUCUCGGUUUGAGCCCAAAUAAAGUGGGCGACAAAGUGAUGAAAGCCCUAAACGUGAUUCACGCGAUUGGUAACGCAGCGACUCCGGUCAAUGCCGACUCGACCCGUCACAUCAUGCAGCUCCAGGUCACGUACAGCUCUACUGGGAAACUAUCGGGCGGGAUCUUCUGGGUCUACCAACUGGAGAAGUGGCGAGUCACUGGUCACCAAGUGCGGGCUCAUUCCAACUUCCACAUAUUCUACUACUUCUACGACACCCACGAGUCCGAAGGGACGUUGUCCAAAUAUAACCUUGAAGAAGGGAGGAAUUACCGCUACCUCGGAACGUCCGGAAGCGAGAACGACCACAAGGUCCCACCUGGACCGAGAGAAGAACCUCAUAGGAACAUAAAGAAGUUUAAGGACUUUGAUCAAAAUCUGAUAGAUUUAGAGUUCGAUGAGGCUCAAAGAGAGUUCAUUUACAAAACGCUAGCUGCCAUUUUACUUCUUGGAGAAAUUAAAUUUGAAAAACAAGACGAUGGAAAGGCUGGUCUCGCUGGAAGCGAUGUAGCAAAUAAAGUGGCUCAGCUGCUGGACGUGGACGACAAGAAGCUCUCCUGGGCGCUGUGCAACUACUGCAUUGUGUUGAAAGGUACUGCCGCCCGCCGCAAACACAAUGUCGAGGAGGCCAGAGAGGCUCGUGACGUCUUGGCACGGGGAUUAUACUUCCGCCUUGUCGACUGGAUAGUUAACACCAUUAACCUCAAGCUGUCGUUAUCUAGGGCUGUUUUCGGUGACAGCUUCUUCAUCAACUUGCUUGACAUGUUCGGGUUCGAGUGCUACCCCAAGAACAGUCUAGAGCAGCUGUUCGUGAACACAGUCAAUGAACAGCUUCAGUACCACUACAACCAGAGAGUCUUCGCCUGGGAAAUGCAAGAACAAAUAGAAGAAGGGAUCCCGCUACAGUCACUGCAGUACUACGACAACAAGCCCACCAUAGACGAACUGAUGACUAAGCCUGAUGGCCUGCUCUACAUCAUAGACGAGUCAAACAAGAAUAGUCAAGGCGCUAGCUUUAUCGUAGAAAAACUACAAAGCAGCCCUAAGGGACCACGUGUGAAGAUGUCAUCCAGCAAAGAAUUCAGCGUGGCCCACUACACAGGCAAGAUAGCGUAUGAUCUUCAGGACAUCCCGAGCAAGAAUAGGGACUUCUUACCGCCAGAAAUGAUUGAGACCAUGCGGCUCUCGAAUGACAACGUGUUGAAACAGCUGUUCACCAACCAACUGUCGAAGAGCGGAAAUUUGACCAUACAUUCAGACCAGUCCGCACCCGUAGCUACUGGAAAGAAGAAGAGGUGGGGACAAGCUCUGGUGGCCGAGAAAUCUAGAAGGUUCAAUACCUCGUCAAGGGGUGAGUACUCGCAGACACGGCGCAUGCGCACUGCGAGCGCCACGUUCCGCGCAGCAAGUCUGGAACUACUGCGCAACCUGGCGAUUGGCCAGGAUGGCUGCGUGACCAUGGGAGGCACCCACUUCGUGCGUUGUAUUCGCGCAGAUCUGACCGGACAUCCCCACGGUUUCCAGCCUGAGGUGGUGCGACAACAGUUGCGUGCGCUGGCUGUCAUCGACACGGCACGAGCACGACAGAAGGGUUACUCUCAUCGAGUUGGGUUCGCUGAAUUCAUCCGAAGAUACAAGUUCCUCGCAUUUGACUUUGACGAGAACGUAGAGGUCACAAAGGACAACUGCAGACUCUUGCUUGUUCGACUAAAAAUGGAAGGAUGGGUGAUAGGAAAGUCCAAGGUCUUUUUGAAAUAUUACAACGAGGAAUUCCUAUCUAGGCUGUACGAAACGCAAGUGAAAAAGAUCGUGAAGGUGCAGUGCAUGAUGAGGGCUUUCUUGGCGAAGAGGAACUUCAAGGGCAAGAUGAAAGCGAGGCAGAGUUCUCUGAAGCACAAGAGCGUUGACGAGCCCGGCGACGAACCUGCAGGAGCUUCUGCCAAAAAACAAGCUCGUCCUAAACCAAAUAAACAGCAACCGCCAAAAAAUAGUCGCCCACCAAAAAAAGCAUCUGAAAUGUCUCAAGACGAAGCAGCACUUGUUAUCCAAACACAGUUUAGAGGCUACAAAGCCAGAAAGGAGUACGGUCCUCGAAUAGGUUCUGGGCAAGGAGAACAAUUGAGCAAGGAUGUGGCGUUGGUCAUGAAGCAGUAUUGUCGCAAAUGGAAAGCCAAGUCCCUGUUCCAAGUCUUGCUGAUGUACAGAGCUGCGAAACACCAAGAAACCGUAUACAUGUCCCAGCAGGUCCACUUGUACAACCAGAACGCAGUGAGCGCCAUGCAAAUUGGCAACAAGGAGAGAGUAUCCCUCCACAACAUCAUCCCCGACACCACUGCUUCGCAGUUCCUUGGCCGCUUCACGCCCAAGCAGUGGAAGCUACCCUUCCGACUCAACGACAUGCCCUUCGUCGACUCGUCCUACCUUUGCAGCACAAUGGGAAAAAGGACUCUGACGAAAGACGAUGCACCAUGGGACGACCCCUACAAAAGAAGGUCAAGGCUAAUUUCUGUAGGAGGCAAACCAGCAGAACUGGACAACAGAGGUCUGCCGGUCGAGGAAGGCGGAGACGUGUUUGGGUUCAUACAAACUCCUUACACACGGGAUCCGAACUACAUCGAGGUCGUCUACUCCGGACAGCCUUACCGAAAGGGUGACCACUACUUUACGGCAAAAAGUGGGCAAGAGAGGAAAAACCUGAAGAAAGCCGGAAUCAACGCUCCCCCACCGCCACAGCCCUCCAAUAACAAUUUUGGACAGUCGAAUCGCCCUCAGUUUAACAAUAACAAUAACAACAACGAUAUUGGGAGAAGCAGCGGUUUCAGUUCCAACUACAACCCAAGUGCCAGCAGUUAUGGGCCCCAACCCGUUUUCAAUUCUACCAACAACAGUGGAAACAGGGACAAACUCAGGCCUGUGAGUCCCAGCAAUAACCAGAGUGCGAUACGGGAACUCGAAAUGAAGUUCCAACAAAUCAACAACAAUUCUGGGAAUGACGACGAGACUCCAACCUUCAAUUUCCAGGCGAUGUUGAGGAAAACGAACCAUAACCGAGCCUCCCUAAGGCGAUCACCUGAAUUGGAGUCUUAUCCAGGGAACAGUUCAUUUCCCAUGAUCCCGGAACAGCGGUCAGUGAACCAAACAAACAACUACAUGAACAACAACAAUGUGGUCUACAACAGUGCUGCAGGGAGAAACAAGGGCGUAGCCCCCCGCCCUUUGAUGCGACAGGACUCCGGCGACUGCCGUAAGAUGAUGUCCCACCACUACAAAGAAUCUGCUAAGAAGGCAAAAGCCGACGAGGUCACCACCGAAAUAGCUCCUGGCAUUAUCAUACAGGGUCAUGUGGCUGAACUUUGAUUAUUGAACAGUGUAUAAUUUUACACUUUGUUUCAACAUUGUACCAAGUUCCAUUAAAAACUGUUGAUGACAAUAAGGUUGUUUCUUGAUCAACUUAUUAUGUUUUAAAAAGUGUGAUUAAAAGAUUACUUAAAAUUAGUAACCAUAGUAUACUAAACAUGUUACUUACUCACAUAUUCUGAGAAUUCACCUUCAAAAACGUGUAUUUGCAAACACUACAUCGUUUGGAAAUUUAAUCUCAAUUGUUUGGAAAUCAUAACUUGUUCUAAUAAUAGAUUAAAAUAUGGGUAAUCAAUGAGAAGAUUAUUCUGUGACUUCAGGUUAUAACGCAAUAAAAUUAAUUGUUACUAAGA